GGCAGAGAACUAUAAAGAGUCUUGCUAUGGCUGUUUUGGAGUAUUGGUCACCUGCUGAGCAGCCCCUGAGGAAGCAGAGUUGACUCAUCAUGUUGGCUUCCGCAUUGAAAUUUCAUCCACAUCAGCAAUCCUCUUGGCCAAAAGCUUCAAAACUGAUUACAGUCUAUAUCUUGGUGUUGUUACUCUCAGUCAGCUUCACUGCAGGGCAAAGAAAAGUCUUCAAUCAUCAAAUUGACAACAGAAGUCCUGAGAUUGAUCCAUUUUGGUAUGUGGGACGUGGAGUUCGACCUAUUGGUCGGUUUGGGAAAAGACAGCUGAAGAACAGCCAAAGAUCUAGGAACAGCAUCUUGGAUCUACUAUUGACUGCUUUACAGGACCAAGAAGCAUUGGACGCAGAAGAGAAUGGCUGGUGAUCUUGUUCCUGUCUGCUAUGCUUGCUAUAAAAUAUCUUAUUCUCUGUAUUGAGUGCCAUCACAUUUCAUUCUCAUACUCCCCA